GUAUUUAGAUGUUAUUGCUGUCUUGCACGAAAAGAAGAAGAGACGUCAUGUACGUACUUAUUUAAUCGUUUCGUGUGCAUUGAAAUAAAAAUAUUUCUCAUCCAGUAGAAUCACUGUCCAUGAAAUCACCUUCUCUUAGUUAAUACUUGUCUUAAUUACGCAAUAAUAUUGUAUCCUUCCAUGCAUCCAUACGACUGAGGGAGGGUGGUGGAGUCUUCUUAUCCUUGUUGCCGAUCUGCUGCUGCCGUCGUCUACAUAAUUGCAAUUUUUUGCUGUCCUCAUACCCACCGUCAGUCCAGUUGGAGCAGGUGCCAAACAACAUUAAAUACGGAAUGCAUUGUACAUCUUAAAGUGAACAAAAGUCAGUCUUCCAGUUUUAUGCAGGAUUUUAAGCCAAGAUUUACAGAUUUCGAAGUGCGUUUUACAUUUCUUUUUGCCCAAAUAUUAAAUUAAUUAAAGUGAUGAAGAUCCAGAACCAUAUUCAUACUAUGAAAAAGACCGUGUAAGUGGUAGGAUCAUGGAGGAAGAGGAAAAUGAAGGCUGGAAUUUUCCAUACCGAAAUCCAUUGCUUUAUCCACACAUUAUCCAUCAAAUUUUUACCACUUGUGACAUCUGUACCCUGAAAUUGUGUCGUUUGGUGUGCAAAUUCUGGGAGGACGAAGUAAAUCGGAUUCUCCCUGUGAAAAAGUGUCCCAUCGUGUUAUCCUCGGAAAGCGUGGGUGACUGGGUGCAAGAAAUCGAGGAAAAAGGAAGUAGCAUCACAAAUAACGUGAUCCUCGAUGGGAGAAUGAGUUCCGAGUUGUGUCUCAAAAUCAAGUCUGCCUUCCAUCACUCACCGUUCAAAUUAGAGUUUUUAGAAAUUCAGAGUGGGCCUUGGACCGCAUCUCAACUCAGAAAUGUCCUCCACGAUCUCCCGAACCUCAAAGAGCUCACCCUCUCGCAGAAUUUUAUCCUGCCAAAAACUGAUAAUCAAAGCCGGGAGAAGAAACACAAACCCAUGAAUCUCACCAAUUUGCACUCUCUCCAUUUAAACCUGCGUGACGACUAUUUACAAAAUUUGGCGAAUGGCGAAUUUCUCAUCGAACUUUGCACCUCUGCCCCAAAUCUUGGUCAGAUUACGUGCGACGGGAACAGAUUUUCUGAACCGGGUUUUCCCUCCACGACAAUAUUUUCUAAACUCUUGUUCCGAACGGUGUUGGACAUUUUUGGAGGAGGAACAAAUAGUCUGGUGACGCGACUCGAUAUAAAUGUCGACCUCCGUGACGAAGACGUUGACCUCCUCCACGCCGCGCAUUUACCGCUGCGCUACGUCCACCUUCCUCUAAACGCGGGCAUCCUUCCGGAGAAGAUUGACGCUCUGCUAACCUCGCUAAAAGGUAGUUUGAAACGGCUGAAGAUGACGUACCGCAGCAGUGCAUGCAAACUCCCGGCGUUGAAGAGUAUCCGGAAUCUCAAGCAUUUGGCGGUACACGGGACCGGAUCGGAAAUGAUGGGGCUCGACAAUCAUUUCCGGUAUCGGAGAAGGUCCAACUUUGGGAUUGGUUUCGGCCCCACGAAUACCUUCACACCAGAAAAUAAGUCAUCAGAAACGAAUCAGUACAAAUACACUGACCUUGACCUCGACAUAGGUCAAACUAUUUACUACGUUUUUAAUGUGGUUCCCGUCUCUCUGUUUCCGGAGGAGGAACCUUUUUCCGUUCCUUUGCUGGCCUUGAGGGAGCUCUGUCUCAACGCGGUGUACUACAUUCCGAAAGACGUUUCCAAGCUGGGCACAUUUUUCCCCAAUGUGAAACGUCUCAAAAUGCCGUUUUUGGAUGACGACUUGCUGCACGCUGUGAUCAAGAGUUUUCCUUCUUUGGAGGCGUUGGGGGCGACGGAAGGCUUUUUCACGGACACGAUUCUCACCGGAAUCUCACCCGAGGUGCAGGACGUGCUGAAAAAUGUCAAAGUUUCUAGGGCCUACAAUACCAGGAAUUUGAGAGAGUUCCCUUCACUCAGAAACUUAUCGAAUUUGAAAAUAUUGGACCUUGGUUCACCACGAGUGACAAGUUUUGGUGUUGUAAAUGGAAUUUCGUUAUGCCACUCGGUUCACGAGUUUUGCCUAAAUUUUCCACAGAUGGACGACAACUCGCUCCUCUGCUUCAUCCGAAACGUGACCCACUGGGAUUCACUAACCGUAAAAGCUGGCUCCUUCUCCGACCCAAUCAUUCAACUCGUCCAGAAUCAGAGCCACCAACACCGGAGAAAGUUUGCCUACCUGCCAGACUAAUUUAGAAAUAUUGCAUACAUGUUUUUAAAACGAGAGAGGAUACACAAAUAAAUCGAGCAAUACGGCGGAAGUGAACAUGCACAUAAACUGUUUCCAAUUACAUAAUCAAGCUCAUUAGCUGGGCGUUCUGGGUGAUUGAGGCGAGGAAAAUGGGGCCGGAAAUGUCCACAUUUUCCGACAGAAGUUCUCCAACCACCACCACCACCACACAAAAUCAAUGACUUCUUUUAGUGGGUGAACGAUUUUCCGAUUUUUACGGAAGAACCAUUAGCAUCAUUGGCCAUGAAGGUGUCGCAGUUACACGCUCGUCAUCUCCUCGCUCGCUCGCUCGCUUUCUCGGCAGGUUGAAAGGCGACGGAUGCACGGAUAGAAUAUCUUUUUCGGUAGCGGAUCAAAGGAAACUUCCGCCUUUGUCGGCUCCCUUCAAAAAAUAUUAGACGACUCACUCUAUUUACUCCCGCAGACUUACGACAUUUCUGCAAAAUUCUUGAAAUUAUUUACAGACGACAACAAUUAUCUCGGUUUUUUGCAGAAAUCCAAACUCAUUUGUAGAAUAGAAUAGUAAAUGAAGUGUUAAAUUUCAUUGUGCAAAUUAAAUUUGCACAUCUUUUUCA